AUGAACUACUGUUUAAAAUCCUCUUAUGCUCAACAAGAGCGUUUACAGGCUGAAGAACUUCUGAAAAAGCUUUCCAGCCCACUUGAAGCUGAUGUCCAGAAAACAGGAAUGGACAGUGUAGCGAAACCCUCUGAACCUGAAGGAACCGUUUCUGCUAAAACAAUCGAAAAAGACACAGUAAAGGCAAGCACAUCUGCAGAACAACCUACCAAAGCUACAGAGGAUAACAAAACUGACAGCAAAGUGGUGAAGAAAAGUGAAAAACCAAAGACAAAAACAGCAAAAAAGCCAGCAAAAAAAGAAACCCAAACAAAAGCUAAAGCAGAGAAAACAAAGAGCAAAGAGUCAGACAAAACAAAAAGCACAACAGCAGAGAAAAAGAAAUCAAAAACAGCUAACAAGACAAAACCUGUAACAUCAGACAAAACGAAGAAAACAGGCAAAACAACUGUUCAAAAUACUGCAGAUGACAAGAAAACAAAGCCAAAGACCACAGAACCUAAAGCCUCUACAGCUGAAAAACACAAUGAUGAGUUAUGAGUUAUGAGUUUUAUUCUUUUUUUAAAAUUGGUGAUGGAGGAGUGCUGAUGGAUCUGUGUUUUUGUACAUUUUUUUUAAAGACUCAUGAAUUUGAAGCCGUAUCACAGGAGAUUGCAGACUUGACAAUCAAGUUGACUGUUGUAUUUUCUCUUUUGCCUAAAUUGUAACUAUUUCUAUUCUUGUCUCAGGAACUGAAAUACAGUUGUAACAUUUUGUGCUGCUUGAAAGACUAUGGCAGCUUUCAGAGAUUACAUUUGCCACUUUGCAUUCCCACAAUAACUGAAUAAAAG